AUGUCAAAUGAAGAGAAACCGUUUUCAUAUUUAAUACACAAAGUACUGAAUAUUUUGCAGUCAAAUGCAACUCCAUUAAGAAGAAAGGAAAUACAUAGUUUACUUUAUAAGGAUGGAGUACAAAUAUCUCUAGAAAGUGAUUUUUGGACAAAAAUACACUUGCACGACAGAGUAUUUUUGGACCAGGCAACAGGUAAAUACAGUUAUAAAUCUCCAUAUGAUAAGCUAAAUAGUGAGAUUUCUCUGUUGGCAUUUGUGAGGCAGCAUCAAGAUGGUCUUUUAAUCGAUGAGGAGCUAUUGAAGACAAAUCCCAGCAUGGAGAGAUGGAUUCGAAACUUAAUGUGCAAAAAAGCAGUUAGGUGUCUCAGACAACAACAAAUAGCAGGUAGAAUUAGAUGUAAGAAUGGGGGACUCGCGAGUACAGGAUCUUCAACUGGAACAGGUUGCCCCCUCUCAUCUCAAAGGCCCUGUGAGUCCUGCUCUUCUCUAAAAGGAAUUGUUCUUUACCCCUUAACUGAAAACGUAGGAAUCGAAGAAAUUAAGAUGGAUGAUGAUAUUAAGGAAACAUGGAAAUCUCUAAUUCAUAAGAAAGGAAUGAAUUUGGAGGAUAUUAUUCGCACUACAAGAGGUGAAAUGGCAGUUAGAAAACUUCUUGGCCUUGACAAAACUUCCAAUUGCUCUGAACCCACUUCCAAAAGACGACAAAACAAGUCUUCAUCCUCUAACGGAACCGAACUAAAACGAAGAAGAAUCAAAAUUAAGAACUCGCACAUUUUCAACAACUCAGAUGAGCUUUUUUCUUUUAAUACCUAG